AUGGAGAAAAAAAAUCUAGAAGAACUGCUUUUAAAGAAGUCACAACAGAAAUAAAAAAUAACCCCAUUAAAUUACAAGAAAGGGUUGUUUAUUCUGUCAAAGACAAACAUUUAUUAUGAACAUGACAAAAGGAGAAAAGGAAGCAAGAGGGGAUCAACUGGGACUGAGAAAAUUCGAUGUUUUGAGACACUGAAUCUUGAGGAAUCAACACCACCUCCUGCAAGACUUUUCUGUUGUCCUGCUCAGAUUCCUCCUAGAGCCUCCAUCAAUCCCAAUUCUAUGGGCAGUGGGACAUGCAGAUGUGAGAAGUGGCCAAAGAUCUCCUCCUGGAGUGCCAUGGACAAACCUUGCCACAGCAAGCAGCAGGCUGCUAGAUCUUCCUCUCUUCUAGAUGGGAUUCUGUGUUGUACAACUGGGUCUGUGAAACCACUGCCUCCAGUCCUUCAAACUCUCUUGAAGCGUGGAAGCCUGCCCCAGAGACUAUCACCAGAGAAGUCAGUCCUGAAUUUGGCUGUGGCCCAAGGCAACUACAAACCUGAAGGUAAUUCAGCUAUCCAGCUUGUCAGAAGCAAUAAAUAUUGUGUAUCACAAGAAAAAUAUUCUGACUGGUGGAAAAUAAUGGAUUGGGAAGGGGAAAACUCCAGUGUCAGCAAACAGACAUUGGCAGAAGAGCAGAGUAUUGCCAAGCGUAAUUGGUAUGCUGAUAUCUCCUGUGCCCAGUCUGAGUAGCUGCUCUGUCUGAAAGUCAUACACAUCCUUUAUUGUUUGUAUAUCAACAACCACAGAAAUGUUUCUGUGUCUGUUGUCUUUGCUAUACAUAAAAAAGGAACAGUCAAAUUACAUGUGUAUAAAACCCCUGAGCACAAGUAUUACCUUGCUGAAAAUUAUUGUUUUGAAUCAAUUCCCAAACUUAUACACUACCAUCAGCACAACUUCACCAGUUAUCCUAUGUUCCAGCAUGCAGUAUCUACAAAAGUAAAUAAGGUCUCAACCACAGCUUCAUCAGGAAAUUGCAUUUGGGAGUUGAAAUGAGAAAAAAAUGUCCUGUUGAGAGAGCUAGAGAGUGCUCAGUUUGGAGUGGUGCUUCAGGGAAAGUGGAAGGAAAAAUAUGAAGUGGCUAUAAGGAGGAUUAAAGAGGGAGCAGAAGAUGAACUCAUAGAAGCUCAGGCCAUGAUGAAAAUUAAUAAUCCCAAACACUUUAGACUGUACAAUGUAUGCUCAAAAUUAUAUCCUGCCUAUUUAGUGACUGACUAUUUGAUCAACCACCUAAGGAGUCAUGGAAAGGAACCCUCCUACCCUUUAGCUUUUUUGAAAGUAUGUUAUGAUGUUUGUGAUGCUAUGGCAUUUCUGGAGAUCUGUCAGUUCAUACAUGGAGACUUGGCUGCUAGGAACUGUUUGGUUGACAGCAAAAUUACUGUGAAAGUAUCUGACUUCAAGACGACUCGAUAUGUUCUGGAUGAUCUGCAUAUAAGUUCUCUAGGAACCAAGUUUCCAGUGAAGUGGUCAGCAUCCAAAGUUUUCCAUUACAUGAAGUCAGAUGUAUGGGCCUUUGGUAUCUUAAUGUGGGAGGUGUUCACUUUGGGAAAGCAGCCCUAUGAGCUUUAAUAUAGAAUGCCAGUGAUUGAGAAAGUUUCUCAUGGAUACAGAUUUUAUAGACCACAACAGGUUUCAAACACCAUCUACUAGAUAAUGGACAACUGCUGGAAUGAACUACCAGAAAAGCGCCCUGCCUUUUAUCAGCUCUUACCAUUUUUUGAGGCGUUGAGAGAAGGCAACAGAGGUUGA